AUGACUGAGCAGCAAAUUGGAGCCAGAACGUGGAAUUUUGCCCAGUUUGAGCAGGACAUCCUGGAAGCGUGUCUGUUCCUGCUGGAGAAGGGUCAGGUCGCUAUGACCGAAUGGAGAGAUCCAGUGAUCGUGUCCAGAAUGGUCUCUGCUCUGGUGAACUCCAAUGAUGACCGUGGUGUGCUGAUGGGUAAUUGGUCAGACAGCUUUGAAGGCGGGACGACUCCCACCGCCUGGAGCGGCAGCGGCGACAUCCUGAGACAGUAUUACAAAAUCUUGGGGAAGCCUGUCAAAUUUGGCCAGUGCUGGGUCUAUGCGGGAGUCACCACAUCCGUGUUGAGAUGUCUUGGUAUUCCCACCCGUUGUGUGACCAACUUCAGCUCUGCUCACGACACAGACCUUUCCUUGACCACAGACAUUUAUCUUGAUGAGAAACUGGAGCUUAUCAAAGAUGAGACCAGCGAUUCUGUCUGGAACUUCCACGUGUGGAACGAGUCCUGGAUGACCCGGCAGGACCUCCCGGCGGGUAACGGUGGGUGGCAGGUGGUGGACGCGACCCCUCAAGAGCUUAGCCAGGGUUCAUACCGCUGCGGUCCCACCCCCGUCUCCGCCGUCCGCAACGGACAAGUCGACCUGAAAUUCGACACUCCUUUUGUCUUUGCCGAAGUGAACAGUGAUAGAAUCUACUGGCAGAAGAAACCUGAUGGGAGUUUGAGUCAGGUUCAUGUGGAGAAGAACUCCAUCGGUCAGCACAUCAGUACUAAAGCUGUGGGAUCUGAUGCACGCGUGGACAUCACACACCUCUACAAAUAUCCAGAAGGUUCAGAGGAGGAGCGCAUAGCUGUGGAAACGGCCAGUCGUUUCGGCUCCAAGCCAACUUUGUAUCCGUCGCCCACCGUCAAUGACGUGAGUAUUGAGAUCGUCAUGGAUGGGGCAGGACCUCGCAUCGGUGAAGACGCCAAACUCUCCAUCGUCCUGAAGAACACAAGCUCAAAGCAGCGCACGGCCAGUCUGCUGUAUGAGGUGAUGGUCAUGUACUACACUGGAGUGCUGAAAGACACCGUGAAGAAGGACCGGAUUCCUAUUGACCUAAAACCGCAAGAGACCAAGACUAUUCCUUGGACUCUGCAGUUUAACGAGUACAUGAACCAUCUGGUGGACCAGGGCGCUCUGAUGCUCACGGUCACCGGUCGGGUCAAUCAGACCAAACAGAUUCUGGCUACACAGUUGAACUUCAGACUGCGCACACCAGACCUCAUCCUCACAGUACGUCAAUGAGACACUAGUCUUGAU